AAAAAUACGCGACGACGCGAACGUUCGUGACAUAUACAUGUCUAUCCAUCUAUCUACACAUAUCGCUCUGUCAAAACCCGGCGUUGUUUAGCAGAAUCUUCGCCUUCAAUCCUCUCUCUCUCUCCAGAAAAAGGCACUUUCUCUCUCUCCAUCUCUCUCUCUCUCUAUAUAUACACAUUCAUAUAUAUCUCUUUGCUAUGAUUUUCUAUAUCAGAUAAUUGAAAGAUCUAGUCUGAGAGUGAAGGAUCGAAAAUGGUUUCGUUUCCACCUGAACUGAGCUUAGAUGUGAGAUCAACUUACAUUCCCAAAACGAUAAGUGAAUUUAUCGGAGAAGUUUCGAUGAUCGGUAACGUAUCGGAGAGGUUAACCAAGGUUGAUGAUUUCGUUAAGAGAUUAGAGGAAGAAAUGAGGAAGAUCGAUGCGUUUAAACGCGAGCUUCCUCUUAGCAUGCUUCUUCUCAACGAUGCGAUUCUGACAUUAAAGGAGGAAAAAUUGCAGUGUCGGAAAGCAAAUGUUAAACCAGUUUUGGAGGAAUUCAUACCGCUAAAGAAGACUUGUGAUGAAGAUGAAAAAUGUGAGGUUAUGAAGGAAAAGGACAGUAGAGAUAAGAGGAACUGGCUGAGCUCUGUGCAGCUCUGGAACAAUGAUCAUCACCCAAAUAUCAAUUUCAACUACACUCAGGCACAAAAUUCAACCAUCGAAAUCAAAAAGAGACCUGAUGAAGAAUUAAAUCGUCCCAUGAUUGUUGAUCCUGCAUAUCAGUCAUGUAAAAGCAGGGCUGAAGGAAGAGCUUUUAUGCCAUUAAAGGGGUCCUCUGGUUUUCCUAUGGCAGUGACAAGGAGGGAAGAUAAGGAGGAACUACCAAUUGCUAGGCUUUCCCUUGUCACUCCUGGAAUGAAGAAUCUGGGGGAAGAAUUAGGUUCUAGUGGUUUGAGUUCAAAAACCACUGGUAUCAGAGCAGGUUCCUCUUCUGCCACCAUUAUUCAACCGAAUUUACAAAAUGGCCCACAGCCAUCACAGCAGCAGACUAAUAGGAAACAGAGAAGAUGCUGGUCACCAGAGUUGCAUCGACGAUUUGUUAAUGCCCUGCAACAGCUUGGAGGCUCACAAGCGGCUACUCCUAAGCAGAUUAGAGACCUGAUGCAGGUUGAUGGUCUUACCAACGACGAAGUGAAGAGUCAUUUGCAGAAAUACAGGCUUCAUACUCGAAGACUUCCAACUAGUAGUGGCACCCACGGAAAUCAAUCUGCUGUUGUAUUGGGAGGCUUAUGGAUAGCUCAAGAUCAGUAUGGUGAAUCGUCGAAGCAGAGCAGUUCCAACUCUGGUUCUCCCCAUUGUCCCCUCCAGCUGAACGGAAAUUCUCGAGGGACUUCUACCACAGGGGGUGACAGUAUGGAAGAUGAAGAAGAUGAAAAAUCAGACAGCCAUAGCUGGAAAGUUCAUAAUCACACAUCUGGAAAUGGUGAUGUAUAGACUAUCUUCCCCAUGAAUUUUGCAGAUAAAAAUAUACAUGGGAGGAGUUAUUAUUUACUAUAAAAAAUAAUACAUUAUAUUGAGAAGGAUCUUGUGCGAGGCAUUUUAAAUUUUGCAGAAUUAGUUUUAUUCUUAGUCCUUGGUUUUGGUAUUUGAACUUUUAAGUAAGAUAUCCCUGUGAUUGGAAUGAAGAAACUGGAUCAGUUUGUGGCACUAUGAAAACUAUGCCUAAUAACUGUUGGGUUCUGAUCUUGAAACUGGGUUCAGAAUUAUUGAAACGACUACAAUACCCGAGUUAUUACAAAAUAAGGGUGAGAUUCCGACCCUAUCUUGAA